AUGAGCUACAGGAGAUCCAAUAUUCAGCAGAUUUCUGCAUCCCACAUCACACCUCGUUAUCGUGCUGCCAGCACCUACGGCGGUGCUGGUGGCCAGGACACUCGCAUCUCCUCAGUAUCUGUAUCAUCCCUGCGUUCGGGCCCACACAAACUGGGCAGCGGUAUGGGUGGUGGUAUCAGUGUAUCCAUGGCGGCAGGCGGUGGCAUGGGAGCUGGCAUUACCGGCAACGAGAAGGGAGCCAUGCAGAACCUCAACGACCGCCUGGCCAACUACCUUGAGACGGUGAAGAACCUGGAGCAGGCCAACCAGGACCUGGAAAUGAAGAUCAGGGAGGCGUUGAAGACCGGAGGGCCUGACAUGAGAGACUACAGCAAGUAUGAACCCAUCAUUGAAGACCUCCGUAAACAGAUCUUCAACAAGAUAUCGGAGAAUGCUCGUCUGGUACUCCAGAUUGACAACUCUCGUCUGGCUGCAGAUGACUUCAAAGUCAAGUUUGACACAGAGCUGGCAAUACGCCAGUCAGUUGAGGCCGACAUUGCCGGGCUAAAGAAAGUCAUUGAUGAGACCAACAUGAGCAGGAUGAACAUUGAAAGCGAGAUAGAAGCCGUGAGGGAGGAGCUUGAGUUCCUCAAGAGGAACCACGAGAAUGAGGUGAGGGAGCUGAGAAAUCAGAUCUCCCAGUCAGGAGUACAAGUAGAUGUCGACGCCCCCAAAGGCCAAGACUUGUCACAGAUCAUGGAGGACAUGAGGGGUAACUACGAGAAGAUCGCAGUCAAGAAUGCAGAGGAUCUCAAACGGUGGCAUGAAAACCAGACGGCGGAAGUCCAGGCUCAAGUAUCACAGAACACAGAGGCACUCCAGGGUGCCCAAAUGGAACGGAGUGACUUAUCCAGACAAAUACAGACUCUUGAAAUCGAGCUUGCGUCUCAACAGAGCUUAAAAGCAUCGCUCGAAGACACGCUACGCAACACGGAGCUACGUAACAACAUGGAAAUGGAGAAGUAUAACGCUAUCAUCCUACAUCUGGAGGAGGAGCUCGGAAACUUGCGUGCAAAUAUCAACCAGCAGACGCAAGAGUAUGAGGCUCUGCUCAACCUCAAGGUGAAACUGGAAGCUGAGAUCGAGACCUACAAGAGCCUGCUGGACGGCGGUGAUUUCAAGCUCCAAGAUGCCCUUCAAUAA